AAUUCAGACCCCCGCCCUUCCCCGCGUAUUUGUAAACUAGUAACAGCUGUGAGAAGGAAGUGUAAAAGUGGAGUUUGAAAGGCAAAUCAUUAAUGCCGGUUAAAAGGGCAUUGCAGUUGGAGGUGAUCAGUGAAGAAAAUGAAAGAGAAGAAAUGAUCAGAAAGAAAAUACCAGCAGUGGAGCCUUUGUAUUCACCGACAACAGGAACCUGCAGGCUACAUGGACCAUCAACACCCGACAGUAAAUUUGAAGAACGUCUCAAAAAAGCUGGCAUCGUAGAAAUAAACGACGAAAAAAAACUGACCAGUAGAUGGCAGGCUCAACCACCGGUAAAAGAAAACCUUAUGGUACUGCACUCCAAAAUGGAAGCUUCAUUAUCAGCUUUUACUGCGGCAAGGAAGAACUUGAAAGCAUUAAAGGCUUUGGAGGGUAGCAGAAAGUUGGAGAACAUCAUUGGUCAUUGUGACACAACUAGUGACCUUAGGGCUGAAGUUCAAAGAAGCAAAGGCCUUUUGUUGGUGGCAGAGGUUCAGAAAAAACGUCGACAGAAGAACAUAACACCUUAUAUUAAUCAUGAACACGUUCAGCAAAUGAGUACUUAUGAUCUACUAAUCUCUACUCUUAACCCUGGGAAACCCUGAAGAUUUUAUUUUGUGUAUUAUCAUCAUCAUUAUUAUUAUUUUAAUUUCGUAAAGGCAUUAAAAGUUUGCAAACUCUGUGUGAUAAGAAAAUAUUCUUGGUACAAAUAUGCUGAAAAUUGUGUUGUGAAUUUGCUGCUCCUUGUUUUAUUAAGUUGUCAUGUCUGUGUGGAUCAUUGUUAUCUGUUGUAUAUAGUAUCAUUUGAGUACUGAUAAUUAUGUACAUCAAUUUUAUGUAUGGAUUGCAAAAAAAUUGCUGCAUUUAGUAUAUUUAAACAGAAAUAUCUUAAAUUCUUUAAUGAAACAGAAAAUUGUAUGCAUACUUACAAAGUGGCAUCUCUUUCUGGUUGUACUUGCUUUGCUAUAAUUCAUCAUGUGCAUAUUACCAGCAGGUAACUUAAAAUGUAUUCAUCUUUGAUGUGCAGUUUUGCUACUGUCUAAUCAUAUUCUCUGCAAGGGAGACUGAAAUGUCUGUAAAGCAAUCUCUGUACUGAAUUCCAGUAUAAGACAGUUCACAGCACUGGGCAGGUGCACAUCAAGAUACAAUUUCUUGCAUCUAAUUUAAACGUUAGUGUAACAUUAAGCUGCACAUAUUCAAUUGAGAAGCAUUCUGAUUGUCCUCAGGGUCAAAAUUAACUGUAUAAUCUUUAAUUUUUAACUAUAUGCUGAAGGCCUUUUUCAAAAGGUAACUUUUUACUUGUAGCUUUUACUACUGAACGUCUUUGUGUUGCAUUUACAUUAUGAAUAAUUUGUUUGGCAAGUAAUUUAAUUAUUGAGUUUAUCAAAUUUAUAUUUUCCAAUAAAAGUUGUACUUAAACACA